GAACCGAUAGGUACAACGUUCUCGAGUUUAGUAUUAUAGUCGUCUGCGUAUACGCGAGUGCUUGUGCUCUCCUUGGAUUAUCUUUUUGUUAUAACAGACUUUUUUUGUGUUUAAGUGUUUUAAAAUGCCUAUUUCCAUUAUGGCUAAGAACUACCUUAAUUGUCCGCUAAAAAAGCGACCAAUCGUUUUCGAAGAUGUCAGUGAUGAACCUGAAAAUCUUUCGACUAAACCUGAGGAUCUGAGCAGAACUGGCCGACUGGCUUCGGUAUCUCCAGUUUCAUCGCCACAAUCAUCACCCGACUCAAGAUUAUCACCAGUGUCAUCGAUUUCGAUUCAUUCACCGCCAAGUUCGCCACAAAAUUCUCCUCCAUCGCCGACACAUUUUUACCAUGAGCCUCAAGUGAAAGUCGAGACUCCUCUAGCUGUAUAUUCAGCUCCAAUCAGUCCUGAAUAUGCCCCACAAACCUGGCAUAGAAGUGUGGCUCCAAUUUAUCAUCCAGCAGCUUAUUACCCAGUGGCAUAUCAUCCUUACCACCACGAACCAGUGUACAUGCCACCCAAUUCGCCUUACAGUGAAAGUUCUUUAUCGCCACCCCAUCACUUAAAUCAGCCUCUUCAACCAUUGGCCUUGAGACCAACAGUAUAUUCUACAAUGGAUCAGAGCUCUCUGAGUCCCAGCAGCUCGACCCACUCACCACCACCACAACCGAUGGCUUUGGGAUCAGCAGAAGAUUUAACCCAAGACAAGAGAAAACAACAGAUUAGACACCAAUGUCCAGCUUGUGGUAAAAGCUACAGUACUUUCUCUGGUUUAUCGAAGCACAGACAGUUCCACUGUGCUGCUGGUGAUGGACCAAAAAAAUCCUUUAGUUGUAAGUACUGUGAAAAAGUGUAUGUCAGUCUUGGAGCAUUGAAAAUGCAUAUCAGAACCCACACUUUGCCCUGCAAGUGUACCAUCUGUGGUAAAGCUUUUUCCCGGCCAUGGCUGUUGCAGGGUCAUAUCAGAACACAUACUGGUGAAAAGCCUUUUUCUUGCACCUAUUGUAAUAGGGCGUUUGCUGAUAGAUCAAACCUGAGGGCUCACCUACAAACCCACUCUGAUGUCAAGAAAUAUUCUUGUACAACAUGCAGUAAAACCUUCUCCAGAAUGUCUUUGUUGACCAAACAUACGGAAGGCGGUUGCACCGGAUCAAACCCUGGUCUCUUGCAUAGCACAUCCAUGGACAAGAUGUAUUAAACACAACACUAAUUUAACUUAAAGAAAAAAAAACAUUCCUGAUAAUUUGGUUCCUUCACAGUACUUACUAAAAAUGACAGUAUUUCCGUGCCUUUGUUAGAAGACUGACGAUAUUAAUUCAAUACAUCUUUGUACAACUAAGAGUUGAGUAAAUCAUGACAAAUCUUGUAAAUAUUAAUUUAAGUUUUAUAAGUAGAAUAAUAAUAUAUUUUUGUAUAAUAUUUUGUUUAUAAUGAUGCUGAGUUGGGCCACCCAUUUGUAAAGCUAAAUGUGUUAAUUAAAAAAAAAAUGUUGAAAUGACGUGGUGCCAAAAACAAAUUGACACAAAUUGUUUUCUAGUCAUAUGAAAUGCGUAUUUCUGCGAAAAACGUAUUUCUUUAAUGUUAUAUUUCUCUAUGCCAUUGUAUAGUGCCUUAUCCUUAGAUGUUUUUAAGCGUUUACAGAUUUUAUAUAAUUAUUUAAUAAAAAGUGUUAUCCAUUUUUUAUAAA